AUUUUCAGGUACAAGGAGAUUGAAGAGGCUUCUUUAUUUAUAUAUUCUUAUGAAUGAAUAGAAAGAUGUUGCAGCAAGGGAAGGUGUUUCAUCUUGUGUUGGUAUUCUUCACCCCUUCCAUUGCUGCUGAUUACUCCUCCCAGUGUGGAGAAAAUGAUUAUUUUAAUCAGACUCUUGGUGCUUGCCACGCCUGUCCCCAGUGUGGGUCGGGUGAAGAACCUAUCUCGAAUUGUGGAUAUGGAGUGAAGGAUGAAUCGUAUGGCUGCCAACCUUGCCAGAAUGGCAAAUUCUCAAAAGGUGUAUAUCAGAUGUGCAGAAGGCACAAAGAUUGCGAGGGCUUUUAUCGAGCUACUGUCUUGACACCUGGCACUGCAGAGACUGAUGCAGAAUGUGGGCCCUGUAUCCCAGGCUACUACAUACUGGAUAACCGAUCAAGAAACACCUAUACGAAGGUUUGCCAUUCCUGUGUAAUAGCACCUCCAAACACCAAGGAAUGCAUGGGAAUCACUCUGUCUUCAAGCAGUUCAGGCAGUACCACAGGCAUCAAUGCAAACUCUCCCAUUUUACAUGAAACGCACAAAGUACAUCAGGUGGGCCAAGAACACCUGGGAAAUGCAUUAAUAAUCGCCAUGUCCACCAUAUUCUUAAUGGCCAUUGCCAUCGUUUUAAUUGUUAUUUUCUACAUUUUGAAGACCAAGUCUUCUGCACAGGCUUGCUGCCGUGGCUAUUCUGUGAAAAAUGUUGAAGCUCAGCUUGACAACCAAGAGGACAAGAAGGAAGUACAAGAAAAUAUUGUUAUAUUCUCUGAGAAAGAUGAAUUUGAUAAUAAACUGAAGGCAGUUCCUCCCAAGACUGAGAAAAAGUAAGUUAAUUUUCAUUUUUGUAAUUUGUAUGUUUGUUGUUA